GAUCACAUCCGCAAAGGCAUCAAAUUGGAAUGCCAGAGAGUGUCGCUGACGCAGUAGCUACGGUGUUAGGUAGUCAUAGAUCAUAUGAUCCAACAUUGCACUGCUUUGAAAUCAUGUCACUAGGCUUCACCGAAGACGAGUUUCAGGCGGCAUGGAGAGAGUUGGACGAGCCGCAGAUAGAAGGAUGGGAAUUGUUUACAGAGACCAUGGGAGUCAAAAUAUAUCGGCGAUACAGUCAGGAAACCGGCCUGUAUGAAUACAAAGUGUUUGGCACUCUGAAGACUUGUGGUCCAGAAGUGUGUGCCGAGGUCUACAUGGACCUGGCAUACAGGAAGCAAUGGGACAGCUAUGUCAAAGAGCUCACCGAGAAAGACUACGAUGGACAGUCUGCAAUUUACUGGGAAGUGAAAUACCCCUUUCCUUUGUCAAACAGAGAUUAUGUGUACGUGAGGGCGCGUAAAGACCUGGACAUCGAGGGACGGAAGAUCUGGGUGGUCUUGGCCAAGAGCAGCGAAGUGUCGCAGUGCCCGGAAAAGAACGGAGUCAUCAGGGUGAAGGACUACAAGCAGAGUUUGGCCAUUGAGGACGAUGGUGACUGUGGCACUAAAAUGUUCAUGAACUACUUUGAUAACCCUGGUGGCAUGAUCCCUACCUGGCUAGUGAACUGGGCUGCUAAGAGUGGUGUGCCAGGCUUCCUCACUGACAUGCAAAAGGCCUGCAACAAGUAUGAGAGCUAUUGUCAGAACAAAAAAUGACAUGUUAAGGCACUGAAGAAACGCAAAAGCCCACUGCCUGGAAUCACAUCUUUUGUGGACUCCUUUCCUCCAUACCGUUACUGAACCUCUUAGAACUCUGAUGCACCCAUUGGCAUUUACUGUAAACACUAUGAAUUUGGGAGCAAUUAUGGCCAAUCCGUUAUUAACGAUUUAUACAGUAGGUGUAGGUAUUUUAAGGACUCAUGUAAAAUGAGGAGAGGCUUUGAUUGUUGACGUCAUUUAAUUAUGACAGACAUUCGACUAAUGUGCAAUGUUUUUAAUCAUGAAGUGGUGUAGUAUUGAUUUCAAGCCUGAUUCGUUCAUUUUGAUCAUGUAUUUGUAGAUAGCUGGGAUGCCCUCUUUAUAGGGUCUUAUGACACUGAUUUGUGAUUCUUUUUCUGAACAAUCUUGCACUGAAAGUACUUUUGUUUUACCUAUAGUGUACUGCUGUGUCUUUGCUGUUUUUCCAAGAUUGCUGGUUUGGCACGUUUGUUACAAAUGUAUGCUUAAAAUGUCAGAAUCUCUUAAGCCAAGUUGCUACCUCCGAAUGCUUGCAACAUAGGAGACUACUGUACUUUUUCUUCACAAAACUGCAUAUGGAAUCAGUUUAGGCCUACUGCAGUGAGUGAUUCUGAAUUUACUUGCAUUUCGACAGUUUGCUACCUUCACAUGGUGUAAAACAUGUUAAAUAAAUCUCAAGGGCUAGAAUGAUUAUUUUAGUCCCGAUGCAAUACA